AUAUUUUUUUUUAAAUACUAUAAGUGCCUUGAAUACAAUUUGAAUUUGUCCACUUAAUGUCAUUUAACGUAUGAGAUUACAGAUUGGCCUUAGACUGUACAAAUUCGUCAUGGCCACGUGAUAGCAGAAAAAAAGGAGAUUACGGAUGAUAAGAAAUUAAGACACUUUGUAUAUUAAUAUUUUAAUAAUCAUUUUGUAAACAUGAUAAAAGUUCCAUUAGUGCGAUGGAUCCAAAAUAAUUUCGUCCAUUCGACUUCUCAACAAAUUAUAUCUAAAUUUCCAAAAUGUACAAUUGCAAAUUUGAAUAAUAUAGUGAAUAAGACUGAUAAAAGUACAGCAAAUUGGAAAGAUGCUUUAUAUAUGACUAUGAAAGUUUAUCCUGACUUUAUUACUGAAGAAGAAGAAAUUUCUUUAAUGAAAGAGAUUGACCCAUAUAUGCAACGUUUACGUUAUGAAUUUUCACAUUGGGAUGAUGCUAUUCAUGGUUAUAGAGAAACAGAAAGAAAACAAUGGAAUGAACAAAAUAUGAAAGUAAUUAAUAAAAUACGUCAAAAAGCAUUUCCACCAGGAAUGCCACAAUUAAGUUUAGUGCAUGUUUUAGAUUUAACAGCUGAAGGAUGGAUAAAGCCACAUGUCGAUAGUAUUAGGUUUUGUGGAGAUGUAAUUGCUGGACUGAGUUUAUUGAGUGACAGUGUGAUGCGUCUCACAAUGGUUAGUCAUGAACAGGAAUGCAAAGAAGAUUUUCUUCUACCUCGCAGAUCAUUAUAUAUUAUGAAUGGUGUGGCAAGACAAAAAUAUAACCAUGAAAUUUUAAAAUCAGAGGAAUCCUAUUUCCGAGGACAAAAAAUAUCUAGAAGUCGGCGUAUAUCUAUAAUAUGCAGAAGUGAGGUAGAAGGAAAUAUAGAAUAGAUUAAAUUGUUUAAGUAAUGAAAUCUUCAAAUUACCUGAUACAUAUUUUGGUAAACAACAUUCAUGGGUUUUCUCACAUUCUGGAACAUCUAUCACACCUGGACAUUGAGCACAACAUUUUUUAUAAGGUAUCAUUUUAAUUCGUUAAAUAAAAUUUUAAACGGACGAAUCAAUCGUACGAUGAAAUAUAAUAAAUUAAAUAUUCAUUUAAAUCCGACCUGAUCAUUUUAUAUUUAUUUCGAAUUGGCAAAUAUUACAAUGGAAUUUCUCGACGAUUUAUAGAAAUGCAGUCGUGAAAGAUUUAACUUUUACGUAUAUCAAUGCAGUGACUGUUUACUUGACAACGGAUCGUUCAAUAUUAUCAUCUCUAAUUCUGUUCUAACGAAAGUAUAUGCUUAUGACAUUAGAAAAAAAGUUAUAAAAAUUGUAUUUAUUUAUUUAUAUAAAUUCAAUAUGAAAAACAAGGAUAAAAUCAUUGCAACAGUUUGAAGAAACGAUGUACGAAUGAUUCAAAGAAAAAGAUUCUUUUUCACUUCUUUUUAAACGCCUACUUUCACUUUUUUUUUUCUCGGAAGAAAAAAAACUGGAAGAAUACGUUUAUAAUACUAUUGGGUUUUCUAAGUUUGAUGUAUCAUAGGAAUGAAUCAGCUAUCUACGAUCAAGUGACCUUUAGUACAGAAUCGAUGGAGACAUAGUUAUGUUUAGUAGUCGUAGUAGAACGUUCAAUGGCAAGACAUUUUUAUCACCUAUCUAUAAAUAUAUUUUUCAAAUUGUUAAAGUUUUUUACGAAAAUAAAAUACAAACAAUUAUUUUUUUCUCAAAAUAGGAAAACAUAUCGUCAUACGUAAUAUUAUAUAAAUCCGCACGUGAUUCCAAACGGAGACUAGUUCGUCCGUCUAAUUAUACAAAAAGUGAUUCACGAUAUUAGAGUGCACAUUGUGUUGUUCGCGUGUGUAUAUUUUUAAUAAAUAUUACGAUGUAUUAAUGUUCGUUGAAUUUAUUUGUACUAUUUUUAAGUACUAUAUAUUAUUGAAUGAUCGAUCGAGAACGAUAGCUAUAUAAUUAAGGAUCAUUCCAUUGUGGCGGUUACAUUCGUUU